UUUCAUGAUGUCAUAAUGUUUGCAUCCUCGUGUAGAAAAUGGCUUCACAGUCACUUAAACUGGGAAAUAUAAAACCUGAAAAUGCCAUAUUUUUCAUGUGUGACAUCCAAGAAAAAUUUAGGCCUGUUAUUAAAUAUUUCAAAGAGAUUCUAGAGAUUGCAGAAAAAUUGGUUGAGGCUUCAACAAUUCUUAGUAUUCCCUUGAUUGUUACAGAGCAAUAUCCCAAAGGGCUUGGAGAAACUGUACCAGAACUAAAGGAAAAAUUGAAAGAAGGCCAGGCACGCUUCAGUAAAACAAAAUUUACGAUGUUGAUUCCUGAGGUCAUAAGCCAGCUGGAGUCAAACCAAGCAAUACAGCAUGUUGUUCUGUUUGGAAUUGAGACUCAUGUUUGCAUCCAACAGACGGUGAUUGACUUACUGGGGAGAGGAUACCAAGUUCACAUUGUGGCCGACGCUUGCUCUUCCAGAACACAGAUGGACAGAACAUUUGCUUUUGAGAGAUUUCGGCAGAGUGGAGCCUUUGUGACAACCAGUGACGCCAUUUUGCUUCAGUUAAUUGGUGAUAAAGAACAUCAGCAUUUUAAAGCAAUUCAAAGGCUCAUUAUGAAAACUGCUCCGGAUUCAGGCUUAUAAACAGAUGUUGUAUAUGAACAAAUGGUUAAUUUUGUAUAUCAUUUAUUUUUUAUAUCUAUUCAUCAAAAACAUGAAUGCUAUAAUUACUUAAAGUCUACAAGAUUUUGUUUCAUUUCAUUAUUGUUAAUAAAUUAAUAAAAUAAUUAAUGUUAAUUGCAAUUUAUAACAGUUGUAUACCAUUAAUUAGCUGCAAUGCCAUAAUUGUGUAAAUCAUAAUUUUUAGUGAAUAUGCAUUAAUGUGAAACAAUAUGUUGAAAUACAUGUAUUUGUUUCUGAAUAUUAAAGAAACCCGAAUUGCUA